GCAAACACGACCUGUUGACAUCCCUGCCUUGCAGCAACGACAAACUCAUUCGUGCCAAAUCCAUUGUUCCACUUCUCAAUGACCAUUCACCCCCAACCUUAGCUGGAGAAUGCAAUGAAGCGCAGAUCAGCACACGAGAGUGCCACACCACAAAAGCAGCCUAGACAAGACCCAGUGUCUUGCGAGUCUUGUCGAAAGAAAAAGACGAAAUGCGACCGACAGAUUCCCUGUGGCAGCUGUAAAUCUCGUCGAAUCGAUUGCAACUACGGCAGCAAUGGUCCGGAGGCUUCUAGUCCCGCUGCACCACCUGGCGAUCAGCUGAGAAAUAGACCGUCCAAUAGCGUCACGGCAUCAGCACGGACGACAGAGGCCCCUCGGGAGACUGUCCUAAGCCGCAGCGCAGAGGAUCCGCUCAUGACGGCAGACCGACUCGAGAAUAUACUCAUGGGUCACCGGAUCCCGAGUGCUGUUCCAUCGGCUCUUCGAGGAGAGCUGUCAGGGCCUCCACGCAUGGGCCUCCACGCCCGAUCUCAACCACACACGGGGACCUCCAUCGGCAGCUUUCUGAAUCUGGUUCGUGAUGGUGGUUGUGUGUCUUCUGAACACCCGGCCACUAUUCACCUGGCGUCAUUCUUGCCGUCAGAGGCUGAUGCGUUGAGCCUCUUCAAUUAUUACCUUAGUCACCUCGACUACCAGUAUCAUAUUGUGGUUCCCGCUAGAACGGAGCAAAUCAUUCGCUCUUUGUACUAUGCACUUGCUCGUGGCAGGUCGGGGGAUUUGAACCAUAUCGCCAUGCUUUUCAGCAUUCUUGCAACUGCUUUAUUUUAUCAGCUGCUCUCCACCGAGUCUUCGGCAGUUGCCGAGAACUGUAGUCGCGAGACAGCGUUCCUCGCUGGAGCGGCACUGAUUCAGAGCAACUACGUUGCCUAUCCAACGAUAGAGGGAUUGCAGGCAGCCAUGAUCAUCGCACACCACUUGUCAAGUCUAACCUUGAACCCAUGUGUGAGCUCCUUAUUUUUCCAAGGCGGGCUUGUGAGUCAAGCUAAAAGUCUCGGUCUUCAUUUACUCGAUUCCCCUCGAGUUGUAGCCGAGCGUCAAGAAAGAGGAUUUGACAAGGCUGAGACCGAGUUGAAGCGCCGGCUGUGGUGGGAUCUAGCGUCAUAUGACUGGUUAAUGGGUUUCCUGAGCGGCCCCCAAGAAUGGACGUACACAAUCCAUCCCCAACACAUGAAUGUGCGCCGACCAUUGAACAGGGAGGAUGAUAUAAUCGGAAUCGACACGGGACUCCCACUUAUGAUGCCAACGUGCAUGUCAUAUACCCUGCAGCGCCUGAGAUUGGCCGAAGUAUGCCGGGAGAUUGUCGAUGCAGCGGCGCCUUAUCACCUUGAAGGUAAAGAGCUUCCGUACGAAACUCUACUCGAUUUGGAUCGCAAGCUUCAGCAGGCAUACUCGGAACUUCCGUCAUUCUUCCGCUUUGAUCAAUCAUCACGCCGCCAGUUUGCGACUCUUUACCUCAAACGACCAGAGCUAGCGUGGCAGCGAGCCUUUAUACAACAAGGCUACCAUUCACGUCUUUGUCGGCUACAUCGCCAAUACUUCAUUCGUGGUGCAAGAGACCCAAGAUACUCUUACUCGCAUGUUGUGUCUCUUCAGUCUGCCCGGAAGGUCUUGGAAGUUAAGCGCAUCAUGGACGAGGAAGCACCGCUCUUCACAGUAAACAGCUCUUUUUUCUGGGCAGUCACGCAUCAUGUCUUCAUGGCAGCGGUCAUCUUAUUGAUUGAUGUUUGUUUCAACUGGGAUGAUAUUCUCGCCUCUAAGAGGAAGGAAGAGGUACUUGAUGCCUGCCGACUGCUAAGCCGUGCUCAGCAAUGCUCGUCAGUUGCCCGAGAAGGUAUCAACGCGAUGAUGUGCAUUCUCCGCAAGCACUGGAAACAAGAGAGGAGACCAACCACAUUUAGUGGGACACAAGCCCCACAACGAUCGUCACCUGGCUUUGAUGUCUCUGCCUUGCACGAUAAAAGUGAUGUUCCAACCACAGGGCAUGUUGAAGACUCCAACAAGACUGUCCGCUUUGACGAUCCUGCUCUGGGGCAGAAUACCCCCAAGCAUGAUCAGUCCGUUGACCUAGUGAAUUCCGAGCUUGAGCCGGUCCCCUUGGAAGACUUGUGGAGCCAGAUGCUUGAUGAAAGUGCUCAUUUCCCUUUGGAUACCCCGGAUUGGAUGGAUCUGUUGACAGAGCUGACUAACGCCACCCUCCCCGGAAGCGAAUAAUUUUUGAGCUAUUGUGUUAUGAUACCACGUCUCAGGGGGAUUUUUAAGCCACUAGCAAAGUUAAGGCCAUUCAGAUAAUGCCAUGCUGUCAGAAAAUCAACACUUC